AUGUCAGGACACCAGGUGAGUCAUCCCAACACUUACAACCGCUUAAACCAUCCCCAAAAGGUGUCCUUUCCACCCCGGACUCCAGGCUGGUCCCACUACCCCAGUGUGACCAGAGCUAACAGCCUCAAGCACCCCUGCACCCCAAGUGGCUCGGAUUUCAGCAGCUGCAGCAGCCCUGAAGCCUCCAGUUCCCCUAGCCUUCCUGUGAGGAGAAUGUGCAUGGGCCAGCCCUACAACUCCAGGUGCGUCGAGACAAGCCACUUGGUGAACUGCCCCAAGGUGGCCAAAAGCCCGCUUGCCAUGGCAGCCCCUACUGGAGGCCUGCUCUGUACAGAUUGUCCCUCCAGCCCCUCCAGCCCCACCUUCCUGGACCAGCUCAUCAAAGGCAUAAACUACCUUGACAGAUCCACCAGUGCUUUCUACACUAACUGCCCCAAAUCACAGAGCCUGCCAAAGCUUGCAGCCAGCUACCUGGAAUGCGCUGCCAACUCCAUCCACCUGGACAACCCAGACCACGCCUUUCCCCUCAGUUACUCCAACCCCAGCACCAGCAUGGCCACGUCAGACAACUCGUACCCCAGCACCUGCAUAGUGCCAUCCACCAGGGGCGUCAAUGACUUGCAGUGUGUGGCUGGCUCUGCCAACACGAGCUGCCCACACCAGCUUCAGAGCCAGAGCCUCACACCUGUUGCCACUGAGGCCGGGCUUUCUGAGCUCCCUUUGUUUGGCAAUGGGAUCUUUUCCUUAGGUAGUCUGCCCAAGUUCUGGGAUGCAGUCCACUCCAGCUGGAGCCACCCCGAGCUGAUCUCCAAACCCUGUAGCUGGUGGUGA